AUGGCCUCACAAAUUCAGAUUCAGCUGGAUUCAUUGUUGCAAAAAUGCAACUCUCUAAUUCACAUGAAGCAGCUUCAAGCCCAUCUUAUAAUCACUGGUAAAUUCCAAUUUCACCCUUCCCGCACCAAGCUCCUCGAGCUCUGCGCUAUCUCCCCCGCCGGCGACCUCUCCUUUGCCGGCGAAAUUUUCCGGCGAAUCCAAACACCAUCCACCAACGACUGGAACGCCAUUCUUCGAGGCCUUGCCCAAAGCUCCAAACCAAUCCAAGCCAUGUCAUGGUACCGCAACGUGUUACGUAGCCACCAAAAGGUGGACGCUUUGACAUGCUCCUUCGCCCUCAAGGCAUGCGCGCGUGCCUUGGCUUUCUGUGAAGCCACCCUGAUACAUUCUCAGCUUCUCCGUUUUGGGUUCGAAGCUGAUACCUUGUUGCUCACUACGUUGUUGGAUGUGUAUGCUAAAACUGGUGAUAUUGAUGCGGCACAGAAGGUGUUUGAUGAUAUGCGUAAGCGAGAUAUCGCUUCGUGGAAUGCCAUGAUUUCUGGGUUGGCACAAGGGAGUCGACCCAAUGAAGCUAUAGCUUUGUUUAACAGAAUGAAGGAAGAGGGAUGGAGGCCUAAUGAUGUUACUGUUCUUGGUGCGCUCUCGGCUUGUUCUCAAUUGGGUGCUUUGAAACAGGGAGAGAUUAUUCAUGGGUAUGUAGUGGAUGAGAAGCUAGACAUGAAUGUCAUUGUUUGUAAUGCGGUUAUUGAUAUGUAUGCAAAAUGUGGGUUUGUUGAUAAAGCUUAUUCAGUAUUUGACAGCAUGAGUUGCAGGAAAAGUCUCAUCACGUGGAAUACAAUGAUCAUGGCGUUUGCAAUGAAUGGUGAUGGAUAUAAGGCACUUGAUCUUUUGGAUCAAAUGGUUCUUGAUGGAAUGCAUCCGGAUGCGGUAUCAUAUCUUGCUGCGUUAUGUGCGUGCAAUCAUGCUGGGUUGGUUGAAGAAGGGGUUAGAUUGUUUGAUUUAAUGAAGGGGUCUGGGGUGAAACCUAAUGUCAAGCAUUAUGGGAGUGUGGUUGAUUUGUUGGGUCGAGCAGGAAGGCUCAAAGAGGCAUAUAAUAUUAUAAACUCCAUGCCUAUGUUGCCUGAUGUAGUACUUUGGCAGAGUUUGCUUGGGGCUAGCAAGACUUAUGGAAAUGUGGAAAUGGCAGAGAUGGCGUCAAGGAUGCUGGUGGAGAUGGGAUCUUACAGUUGUGGGGAUUUUGUCUUGUUAUCAAACGUUUAUGCAGCUCAACAGAGAUGGCAUGAUGUAGGGAAGGUGAGGCAGGCCAUGAAAAAUAGGGACGUGAAGAAGGUGCCAGGAUUUAGUUACACGGAAAUAGAUUGUAGGAUACACAAGUUUAUAAAUGGUGACCAGGGUCAUCCGAAUUCUAAAGAGAUCUAUGCAAAGCUGGACGAGAUCAUGUUUAGGAUUAAAGCCUAUGGAUAUAUAGCUGAGACCAAUCUUGUGUUGCAUGAUAUAGGGGAGGAGGACAAAGAAAAUGCUUUAAAUUAUCACAGUGAGAAGUUGGCCGUGGCAUAUGGUUUAAUUAGUACAGUUGACGGGACACCGAUUCAAGUUAUAAAGAACCUUAGAAUAUGCGUGGAUUGUCAUGCUGUGAUUAAAAUAAUAUCAAAUAUUUACAAUAGGGAGAUUAUUGUGCGGGAUCGAGCAAGAUUUCACAGAUUUAAAGAGGGUGUAUGUUCUUGUAGAGAUUAUUGGUAAAAUUAAAAGCAGAUGUUUAUUAUAUUUAUGCAAAGAAACUUGAAUAGUCAAUUACUCACAGGUCAGAUUUGUCUAAUCUCAGCAUAAAUGGGACACAGUUAUUUGCAAUUGGGACAAGUACAUCCCAGGGAAGGAGCAGGUGAACUAGCAACUGCAGGACAAUCGAUACUGCUUGGGUAUAUAGUGAUAGAUUUGUCUUGCCAAAGCCAGGCACGAACAGGAUGACCAAGGCACAAAAGCCUUUGAUAACACCGCUUGGAGACAGCAUUAUUCUCAUUUCUGAACAUGUUACUGUUAACUUAUUGCUGUGCUUUAUGUAGAAAUAGUGCCUAAUCCUCAAUAAUCAAGAGUGCUGUGGGGAUUCCUGACACCACAUCGAUCCCAAUAAUCAAGAGUCAGACCAAAAUGGCUAUGAAGCUUCCGGUGCUUGCCAUGAUUUGGUUAUUGUAUUAUGGGGUUCUUGUGGGUCUCACUGCAAGGAAAGUU